AGUUUCUGCCGAGGCACCGCGAGCUCUCCUUCGCGGGUUCCUCCGGGAAAAAGUGCCGCGCGUCAUCCUUCGCUCACAGUACAGAAGUGGAAUUCGAUACGAUCAUUAGCGGUGCUUUCCGCAAGUUGAGCCGUCGCGCGAGUUGGACGAUAAUCACCCUUGUUUCGUAUUUAGAUUGAUUCUCUGGAAUUGAAUUGGAACAGUCGCUUUCUCAAAUCGUGCGUCUAUCUGAGGUGUCGGAUAAAAUAUUUUUGCCGCUGUUAUUCCGACAUAUAAGCCAGUGGUUCGCGCGCUAAGGAGCAAAAGAGAGUCAGGUGGGUAGGGAAGAAGGAAAGAUAAAGAGGGAGAGUUACGGCACCUGCCACCGUCCUUGCGGGGCGCCACUCGCACGCUGCGUGCGUGCCGGCUAUCCAUCAUGGUCGCGGACGUCGGGCUGCUCUGAUUGGUCGGGAAUAGUCACGUGGUAUGGUAAUUGGGAAGAAGUGGGCGGGAACGUAUAGCGUCGCCUCGUGUACGCGGCGAGAGGUUCAGCGGAGAGGAUCGGCAAGAGUGUCCGAAGAAGCGGUGCGAACAGCCGUGUCCGUCGCGAGUGAACCAAGCGAAAAGUGCCGCGGCCAGCGAAGGUCGGACUCACGUAAACCCCGAUGAUGGACCCCAGUGAAAAGUGCCGUGAUCGCCGGGCGUGUGCCAGAGUGUGAGCGUGAGCAGUGGACCGGGUGUAACUGGAGCAUAUACGAGGACUCAGUAAGAGAGUGCGACAAGGUUUCGCCGAGUAGCGAUGAGCUCGUUCCUGAUGAAUCCGUCGACGGCUGGCGGGUACCAUCAGCAGCACCAGCAACCGACGCCGCACCACUUGGCCCCAGCCUCCGUCGUGGUGGACCCCAAGUUUCCACCCAGCGAAGAGUACAGUCAGAGCAACUACAUUCCGUCGACCGGCGCCGAAUUCUUCGGCGGUGGUCACCACCUCAAUCACCCCCAGUCCCACCAACUCCAGUACCACUACCACCAGCACCACCACCAGGCGACUUCCACGCCGUACGGUGCGUCCCCGGCCGUUCAGCUGAACGGUGGCUACGCAGGUUACGGAGGAUACUACGGACCCCAUCAUCCCCAUCACCAAGUCCACGCGGUGCACCAUGCCAGCCUCCAUCCUCACCACCAGGCCGUCGGUGCUCUCGCGAUGCCGCCGGAGGCUCAGCAGCCGCCGCUCACUUGUCCGCCUUCCAUGCAGAACCCUCAACCCCAUCAACAGCCCCCGGCACCCGCGCCAACAGUGCUCGGGUCGACUGCCUUAUCGCCACCCCUGAUGGCGUCCCAUGUCCAGCAGCCCGACCCUCUGCAGCAACACCAGCAGCAACAGCAGCAGCAGCAGCAAUCCCAGCAACCAAAACACGAGAGUACGACGUGUAGUCCGGCCGGGUCGGGAUCCCUGCAUCGUGACAAUUCGCCGGAUUUACAGCAGCAGCAGCAACAGUCGCAGCAUAUUCAGAACUCUCACCAGGCUCAGCAGCAGCAUCAUCUCGACGAUUGUUCGGAUCAGGACGACAUAGAGGACGAUCAAAUGAUGGAAGGGUCACCCGGCAUGAUGGACGACGACGAGGAGGACGAUGAGAAUGGAGACCGCGUCAUUUAUCCUUGGAUGAAGAAGAUACACGUAGCUGGCGUCGCAAACGGAUCUUACCAGCCGGGAAUGGAGCCGAAGCGUCAACGGACAGCGUACACGAGGCACCAGAUCCUCGAGCUGGAGAAGGAGUUUCACUACAACCGAUACCUGACGAGGCGACGACGCAUAGAAAUCGCCCACACGCUGGUGCUCUCGGAACGUCAGAUAAAGAUUUGGUUUCAGAACCGCCGUAUGAAAUGGAAGAAGGACAACAAGCUUCCGAACACGAAGAACGUGCGGCGGAAAAACGCGAACGGGACGCCGCCGGCCAAGUCGUCUAAGGGAGGCGGAAGGGCGAAGGUACAGUCCGGAUCGGGGAACAACAACAGUCAGAGAAAGAACAACAACAGUUCGCCAUCGGGCGUCAUGGAGGGCGGCGGCAGCCUCGACGGCAGCGUCGGCAUCGACAUGGCCGACGUCCACGGGGUGAACUCUGCCCUUCCGCAUCCGCACUCGGCCCAUCCGAGUUUCCAAGGUCACCCGCACUCGCUGGCUCAUCUCCAGGCGCAGCUGAGUCACCUCCAGGUCGGGGGGAUGCUAGACGCGACGGGCGCCCCCAUCGGGCACAUGGGAUCCGGGAAUAUCAGCCCCCUGGCCCCCGCCACCAGCCCACCCUGUCUCACUACCCCCAGUCAGCCGUUGCCCGUCAAAUCCGACUACGACCUCACGGCCCUGUAACACCCGAUGAAACCCUGGAACGCUUUUCCCCAGCUCACCGACCUCACCAAUGUCAUUUCGACCCGAGGUGCCUCCCCCCAAAAUUUUUACCACUAUAAUCAAAUACUCGAGUCGUAGAGCUGCGGCCGGACGUUCUUUCUUUCAACCUCACCACCCCCUCCGCCCAAUUAUUACCCAGUUCUUACUUUGCACUCAUCAUUGUUUUGUUUCUAAGAUAUUAUUAUCGACAUGACUAUUAUUAUUAUUAUUAUUAUUAUUAUUAUUAUUAUUGUUGUGUCCAAACGUAAGUAGAUUUUAUUGUUUUAUCUAUCGUUUUAGUAAUUUCAAUUAUUUCAAAUUUUCGUUUCGAUUUUUAGUUGCCCCCGUGCCAUUGCCUAGAUCAUAAGUAGGUAUACCUCGUACCUUUUACGACUCAGUUCUGAAAACUGACCUCUACUGAAGAUAUUUUCAUUUUUUUGCAUUUCGAGACAAAUUUUAAUCUUUUUAUUUUUAUCACAUGUACAAUAUUCUAAAACACGAUUCGCUUCAUUCCUCUGUUGUUACAAUUCAUUCGUAUCUCUGCUACGUGGUGCGAAAUGAUUUCCCAGUGGAGCGUCAAUCGAUGCGUGAAACUUCUCCCCGGUAACGAUGUAAAUAAUACCAAGCGUGUAUGUAUAUAUAUAUACCUAUACUUACGUAAUGUAAUUAUUGAUAUUAUUAUGAUUAGAAGAUUGGCAUUGUGUCGCAAAGUGGAUAAAUAGCAGUGUUUACGUUUAAUCGAGUACUAUCGUGUGUAAUUAAUAACCUAACUCGCCUAAUACUUAGUACGUUGUUGAAGAAGAAGCAAAAAAAGAAAAAAACAAGAAAAAGUUGUUAAUGUAUACAAAGCCAAUAAGUGAACGGUUUUACAGUGCGUUUUCAGCCAGAUGCGCGAAUCUACCUCGAUCGGGAAAAAAAAUUAACGGUGUUAAUUAAUUACGAACUAAAACCCAGUGCUCUACCAAAAUUGCGAAACACGACGUCCAUCACUCGUCGCUUCGUCCUCUGAUCACGUGAUCUUCUCCUCUAAUCUCACGAUGAUGCAAGUGCGUCGUUCUCUUUUCUCUCCAAUCGUCACGUCUUCUGCAACUAUGCGUGAUAUUAACGAUUAACGAUAUUGCUGUAGUUGUUUAGCCGGACGACAAAGAUACGCCGCUUGCUUGAAUAGCGGUGCAAUUUGGCCUGUCGAAUCUAAACUUGACUCGGGUCAAAUUGUUUCUAAUUCCAAACGUUUAGCCCAGUGAUGCUGUGUACUCGGUCAUUAUCGAAGUUCUGCAUUUAUUCGAGACAGCUCAAUCCCGACAGAUGGGCGCGUUGCAAUCCCGUUACUGCUCAGCGUCGAGGAAAAAGGAAUAAUGCCCUUAGCGCAUUAUCACCGAUUUGAUUCGGUAAUGUACGUAGAUUGGUGAGAUAAUAAUACCGCGCGCGGUAAGAUUGAGCGAGAAAAUAAGCGAUGCCUGUCCGACUUUCAUAUUUCUAACGGUAAUAAUAAUUCACACAGCUGCACAAGAUGUGAGUUUCACCUAUUAUAGAGGUUCGAUUCUUUAUUUUUCCGCUUCAUUCCCUCGGCGUUCUUCCUGCGUAAGACACGGGAACAUGUUUACUGUAAUUUAAAUCUCGCUGAAAAUGACAGGUAUCGCGAAAUUACGUCUGGUGAAAAAUUAAUUCGCAUUGCAUCAGAUUUGCAUAAUUUCUUACCAGAUCGGCUUGAGCAAAAAAUACAGGUCACGUAUAUUCACGUCACAAAAGUACGUCGACUUUGUUAUUCAACGAGCGUUAAAAGAUUUUUCGCCACCUGCACGAUUGAAACCUCGACCACGAAUUACUUCUUGAUUUAUCUGUGCUUACUGAACCGAAUCACGUGGCGAAGUAACGCGAAAUUGUAAUCUGGUCGCGAACUUUCUAGUAUUUAGGGAUUCUUGUUAGGAAUAUUUCCAACUUGCAUAAAAUCAUGGUUUGAAAUUGCAGAGAAAUUGUCGAUUUGUUGUAAAAUCGCGAUGUAAUUUACCGUACAUUGCACUCGGUGGAACUGAGAUUUGUUUUGAAUGAAACCGUGCUAUUUAUAGAAGCCAUUAAUUAAAAUCGAGCUAUUUAUACCAUGCACUACGGUUUAUACAGCAGCACGUGGUCAACCGACUAAAAAUUACACUGUCAUUCUGAAGUUCAUUAGUUACUACGUACGGAUCGUCAUGCUUUCAAUUACAAAAUAUUUUCUGUGUCAAGUUCGAGCAAACUGGAUCAGUUGCGCAGGAUGAGUAGGUGAAUGGAAUGAAAAAAAAGAUGACAGUCCAAAAUUCUUCAACUCUGUAACGGUAAAAACGCACACUUUGUUCCUUUAUUAAUUUGGUACAAUAACAUUUAUGCCUUGAUCAAUGGCGCGGUUGUUGCAAACAUCGUGCACGGAUUCUCGUCGACAUUAACGAGAGGGAGAUUCGAUUGAGCUGUGAAAUAUCUGUGUCCAAUAAAAUUAAGUGACGAGAAAUUAAAUGAUUGAUCUUUGGACGAACAAGAAAUCUGAACAUUCGUGCGGAUACUUAAGUAUAUUAUACCUCCGCCGCAGAUGGUUAAAAUACGCGAAGAAAUUCAUCAAUUCGAUAUUUCUGUGGAUAGAAUAAUUGUAAAUACACACACAUGUAACCAAUACUCUGAAAAUAUAUUUUUAUCGCUGAGACGCGUAGAAGGGAAAUGACCAAUAAGAAUAUUGUAGAAUAAAAAGUAAGAAAUGAAAAGUAAUAAAAUGCGUGAAUAAAAAACCGUGUAUAAUAAUUAAAACGUGACGUUCAUAUUACUAUAAAGCGAGUAGAAAUCAAAUCGUGAAUCCAUGCACAGAGUCGCUGUGACGAUAUACCAAAACAAUAUUAAUAAUUAUACAUAUUAUACAAAGUAACGUGUAAGUGGACAUAAUAAACUAUACACAGAAAAAUAUACGCAUAUAAAUAAAUGAACAUAAAUAUAUAUUACAAAUAUAAAUAUGAAUAUAAAUACAACAAAAAACGAUAGAUGUUAAGAUUUGCUAUGAUUAUGAAAUUUCGACGGUAAUAAUUGAGCUAUAAUUACGCGUAAGAAGGAAGAUUUAAGAAUCGUAAAAGUACAGAUCGAGAGACACACACAUACACACAUAUAUACAUAUUACCUAUAAGCGUAUAAUGACUUGUGAGUAAUUCCCAUCUAUGUAUAUAUAGUCUAUUGUAUAUUCUAAGUAUUAUGCAUAUAGGUUGUUUAUAACACGAGUGCUGCGGUUCAUUCUGCGUUUUCAGACUUGCCGUCAAGUUAUGUAAAUUCUCAUCGCAAAUUGCGUCAACGUCGCGAAUAUCAACGUGCUUCCGAAUCCAUGCUCGUAUGUAAAGCUCGUUACUCCAAGUGCGAAUUUAGCAAGAAAUUUUGUGUAAUUAAAGUAUACAAAGCCAGCCUCGCGUGUUUGCGAGAAAAAUCCCGAAGUAGUAAGAGCUCCGUUGAGUCAGCCGCGUCUGGCGGUCGAACAAAGGGUCUAAAGUUCGAUUUUCGAUUUGACUUGACGGUCUGAAAGCGCGUCCUGAUUUUUUCAAGCACUCGGAACACCCAAUCACCUUGUAUAAUAGACGCGACACACAUGAGAGUUUUCUUGUGUUUGUAUUGAUUACUAUCCUAUACAAUAGAGCCGAUGAAAAGUAUACAAGUGAAUAAAUGACUAAAUAAAUGUUUCGUAAUUUACAAUAAUAA